AUGGACCAAAGGCUCCCAUUCCUGGACGGCGAAUUUCAGAGAAUUGCCAACGACCUACGCCAAGUUGUGGAGCAGUUUGUGUCGUCUAUGAUAGCUAGCACCACCAACCUGAAUUCAUGUAUUAAACAUCUGUCGAAUCUCGAUGUCUGUUGUUCGGAACAUGGCGCAUCGCCGAAAGCAGUUGGCCAAGCAGCACAUAUCCUACUAGAGAGGGAUACAGCAGAGGGCAUCGAGAACGAAAUCGCAAUCGAAGAUAUGGUAUUGAUCGUGUCUAGAGAUAUAAAGUGGGAUGGAAUUAGCAUGCCUAAACCCAAGUACUCAAAGACAACAACAAUCCGGAAUCUAGAAUCAUGGCAAAAGACCGGACAAAGGGGCACAAUCAUGUCGUGGCUUCGGUCCCAACAGGUUCGCUAUAAUCCAGACAGAGAAGAUAUCUAUUUGCUAUGUCCCAACGAAUACAACAACGUGGUUGCAAAAAAUGAACACUAG